UGGUCCGUUAAAAAUAGUGAAGCUCUCUACAACUUUGAAGGCUGGGGCGCCCCAUAUUUUUUGUUGGGUGAAGAGUGCGAUGGUCGUGUCGUGGUGCGGCCCGCGGGAGUCUGCGAAGCUGAAAUCGAUCAAGUGGAAGUCGACCUCUACGCGGCUGCGACUGCAGUACGCGAACGACUGGGAAGUAGUGGCCCCUUGCUGUUUCGUUUUCCAGAUAUUGCGUGUAGUCAGUCUGCCAAGCUCCAUUCUGCAUUUCAAAGCGCUGCGCUAACUUGGGGCUUGAACUCAUUGCAUCGUGGAGUAUUACCUGUAAAAUGUUGUCACGAUGCAUCCUUGCUGCUUUCUCUAGUUUUGGCUGGUGCUCGCGAAGGUUUCGGGCUUGAAGCUGGGAGUAAGGCUGAGCUUAUCUUAUCGUCCGACUACUCCUUACCAACUCCUUUCCUUAUAUGCAACGGCUACAAAGACGGCGACUAUGUUGGCCUUGCUGUGCAGUCCGCCGCUCUGAGAGUAAACACAUUCAUCGUGAUAGAGAAACCGUCUGAUCUGCAGUAUUAUAUCACAGCUGUGGGAGAUCUCCCGCGAAGUGCACACCGACCGUUUUUAGGGAUUCGCGUGCGUCUCACCACUGGCCACAGUGGUCACUGGGGACCAACGUCAGGUGACAACGCAAAGUUUGGACUUUGUGCGAAAGAGAUGAUUUGGUUGGUCGCGAGUCUGGCUGACGAAAGUAUGCUUGACUGUCUUCGACUGCUUCACUUUCAUGUCGGCAGCCAAGUGUCGAACAUUGCAACGUUCAAGGAAGCUAUGCGUGAAUCUACUCAAAUGUAUGCAGAACUAGUCCGCUUAGGUGCUCCAAUGGGUUUUGUUGAUGUUGGCGGAGGUCUUGGUGUCGAGUAUCAUGGCAGUCAAGGUUGGGGAGGGCAAAGGAGUACUAAUUACGAUAUGCAGAAUUAUGCAAAUGAUGUAGUCGCCGCUUUGCAAGAUACCAUUAUGCGCACCGGGAUAAAACCUCCGGUUCUUGUAACUGAGUCAGGUCGUGCAAUAGUUUCUGCUGCAGACGUUUUAAUUUUUGAAGUAGUGUCCACCGAACCGAGAGGAGCAAUGCCGAGCUUCGAUGAUGACUCUUUCUUGCUGCAAAACUUUCAAAGCAUCCUUGGUAGUAUGACGAUAAUAAAUCAGUCAGGCCAGCAAAAUAUUUCAAAGAUACAAGAAUCUCUUAAUGAUGCAAUACAGUUCAGACAAGAAGCUGAUAGACUUUUUAAGCUAGGAAUAAUGAGCUUGGAGGGCAGAGCUGAGGCUGAAGAAUUAUUUUCGUCUAUCCGGUCACUUGCUCUAGAUUUCGCAAGAACCAUACCGGACACAAACAUUUUCCCAACUGAGGUGUCGCUGUUUGCAGUAGAACCUUUGACAUGGUGUCAUGCCAAUCUAAGUGUUUUUCGCUCGCUACCAGACGCAUGGGCUAUACGACAGCUGUUUCCUGUAGCUCCACUUCACCGUCUAUCUGAGGAACCUUCAAUUAUUGUUUCGAUUGCUGACCUUACGUGUGACAGCGAUGGCCGCAUCGACCAAUUCAUCGGAUCUUCAGGUUCGAAUGCAAACGCUGGUGGUUCCCUCUUGCCAUUGCAUCCUUUGCGAGUUAAUGAAACAUAUCUGGUGGCUGCGUUCCUCGUUGGGGCAUAUCAAGAUUCUUUAGGUUCUCGAGGCCACAACUUGUUUGGAUCUCCACCCGUUGCGAACUUGUUUCUCAGCGGCAGCCCGUUUCAUUGCAUUGCACAAGCCAGAAGGAAAACUCGUGGGGCUGAUGUC